UUUUAUUCUUCUCUGUCCCUUUCCCACCCUUUUGCUUGUUUUUCUUACCCUUACACUUGUUCUUUUUAUUUAUCUUAAACUGGACGCUCGGCUUUACACUCACCCUCCCCAGCAGUCGACGUGUUUACAUACCGCCACGGGAAGGACGUUCGCUUCUCCCUCAUAUACAAGGCAAAUAAUUAAGCCAGCACACGGACCGUACCAAGAGAGGGAGAGGAAAAGCUUCAAGACCAACACGGCCCAUCGCUCAGCAUCUUGUCCUCGUCAACCCAGUCAAGAUGGGGGCCGGUAGCAGCAGCAUCAGCGACCUGGCCUCCAAUGCCUACCUGAAGCGCUUCGUUAGCACUGACAUCAUCACGCCCAAUGACCCCUUCUGGAACCAGCUCCUCUCCUUCACCUUCUCCAUGCCCAGCACAAGCUCAGACCACCGGCUGCUGGAGGAGUCCAUAAUGCCUCUCUACGUGGAAUUGGUGCAGAACCACAGCAAGAGUGGCAACGUGGCUUCCCUCAUCCGUGUCUUCCUCUCCCGGGCCACUGAGCUCAAGGCGUCGGCACAGUGUGACAACACUGUGUUUACCUGGCAGGCACAUAAUGCACUGUUCAUUGUGCGCUGUGUGUGUAAGCUGCUCAUCCAACACCUGUCUGAGGAGGAGGUGAUAGAGGUGCUUCAGGCAUCCCCACCCACAGAGGAAGGCAUCUCAACGGAGGACAACAUGACACUGGUGGAGGACUUGGUGACCAGUCUGGUGGAGGUGGUGGUGGAUGUGCCGCUGGUGGGACUGACCUACACGCUGCACCAGGAGGCCACCACCUCUCUCCUCGUCCUCACCUCGGCACUUGUGUUUGCUUCAGGGGAAGACUGCUACCUCUCCGUACUGAAGAUGCUGAUGACGGGCCGGGCUUCCAUACACGCCUGUCUGUUUGUGAAGACGCUACUGAGGCGCUUCAUGGCCCAGGACAAGCCGCCAGCCAAGGGAGAGAGUGGCUCCAUCAUCCUCGGCCUGGCCUCUGGCCUGUGGAAUGUGUUGACGCUGGGCCUGGCAAGCAGUGGGGAAGAGGUGCAGAGCAGCGGGCAGGAGUCUCCCCUGGCGUCCCUCAGUGUGCUGCUGCUGCUGGUGCUGACCAACCACUACACAGCUGACCGCACCACCAGGAACCCCUACAGACAGGCGCUGCUCCAUGCUCAAAACUUCCAUGGAUGGACAAUAGACAGACUUCAGCACUGCCACUCCCUACCCUUUACAGACCCUGCCGAGAGUACCCCGACGCAGGCAGUGGCAACCUUCAAGCUGGAGUUUGCCACGCUGUACAAGGCUCUCUACACCCACCUGCAGGACGACCAGACCACGCUGCUGCUCUACCUCCUGCUGCAUAAAAACGACGACUUCCGCACCUACGUCCUCGCACGCACCGAUGUAGAGAGCCUCGUCCUGCCCAUCCUCCACACCCUCUACCAUGCCCCAGACAGCACCUCACACCACAUCUACAUGUCCCUCAUCAUCCUUCUCAUUCUCUCUGAAGACGACUCCUUCAACAAAACCAUCCAUGAUAUUCCUCUCAAGAACAUCACGUGGUACACCGAGCGCUUCAUCAGUGACAUCUCCCUUGGCGGCCUCCUCAUCCUGGUGGUGAUCCGGACCAUAACUUACAACAUGACCAAGAUGAGAGACAAAUACCUGCACACCAACUGUCUGGCAGCGCUGGCCAACAUGUCAAGUCAGUUCCGUUCGCUGCACCCGUAUGUCUGCCAGCGCCUGGUGAGCCUCUUUGAGACGCUCAGCAAGAGACACACGCGCCUCUGCGAGUCCCUCAGGGCGGCAGAGGACCUCCUGGAUGAGUCCGAGAGUGAAAUGCCUGAUGCACUUGGGGAUGUGGGUGUGCUAGAGGAGGUGCUUCGCAUGGUCCUGGAGAUCCUGAACUCGGUCCUGACCCACCAGCUGGCACACAACCACAAUCUGGUGUACACUCUCCUCUACAAGCAGCACCUCUUCCACCCGUUCUCCACACACCCCAACUUCCAGGAUGUGACGCAAAAUAUUGAAAUGGUCCUCUCAUACCUCAUGGGCCGCCUGGAAACCACCAAGAGGGACCCUGGGGUGCAGGAUGUCCAGGAGGUGAUCCAGCAAGGAGUCCUUCACCUGCCAAAAGACCGACUAAAGAAGUUCCCAGAGCUUAAGUUUAAGUACGUGGAGGAGAAUGAACCUGAGGACUUCUUUAUCCCAUAUGUAUGGACGCUGGUGUACCAAAAGUCAGGUCUGUAUUGGAACCCCAAGUGUAUAUGUAUGUUUGACCCUUCCCAGCCUGAUGGGUAAGCCUCGUCGUGCGCCGGGCGGCCGUAGCUAGACUAUUGAUUCUGUUUUUGUUACACGUUUUGAAAGUUUAUUGUUUGCCACGGGGGUUGGGGAGGGGCAUUAUACAAACCGGUGGUGUCAGGAAGAUAGGGAGCUAAUUUUGUAAAAGUUUUGUAUGAAGUCACUCUUGCUUGGGUGUGGCUGUUGGGCAUGAGUCUAUUUAUUAUGUAGUGGCAGUCUAGGAAGCAGGUAUUAUUACUCUAUGGGAUCUGAUAAAGUAGCUGCAUGAUUUCACUAUUUAAAACAUGAGCAGUCACCUCCACUGCUGCAAGACCCACCCAGACCUGUUAUUCCUGUCUCUGCCUCAAGAACAACUUUAGCAUCGAUUGAUCAUCUGUGGCACCACCAGUAGUCUUUGUUUUGUGUCGCAUUCACUUAUCACCUUCACCACAGGGUUGGCAGCUCUGGGUGGUACAUGCAAGAAUGGAGCCACCUGAAAUCUUUAAGUAGAUACACUAUUACAUGAUAUAAAUGGGGUGCUACAAUCUUUUAUAAGAAAAUUAUUUGCAUUUAUGAAAAACAAAUUGUUGUGGCCUUUUGCCCAGAUGCUCAUUUCAGGACAAGUGUCUUUUUUCACUUUGUCCUUUAAAUAAAAGAAAACUAGUACUACAGGCAUCAUCAACUCCGCUUGAAAAGUGUCUGCAAAAAACAUGAAGCAUCCACCACAGAAACUAAUGUGAAAAACAUUUUUUUAAAGUUUUAUCAGUUUGUAACCUAGUUUUGCAACCAACCAAAACUUUUAUAAGUCUGUCAACACAGAGACACACCAAGAGAACAAUGCCCACUUCAGUGCUGUUUGUACAUGUACUGCUACACUACAUUUUCUUACUUGUUAGGCUUUUGGUGCUGCAGGGCUUGGACCAAUGCAUUCAGAUGGCUCUUAUCAACCUCAGAGCCACAGGUAAGGCUCAAGUUUUGGUUUGAGAGGCUGGAAGUGUGUUAAAAAAAUUAAUAGCAAGGCAUACAGGUCAUAGUGUAAGCUCUGUUUGGUGCCUGGUACUCAUGACCUCCCUCCUAACCUUAUGGCACCAAGAAAACAAGUUCCUGGGAGGUUGAGGAAGACAUUUUAGGGUGCUGAUAACCAGUGGUAUGAUGUUAGGAGGGAAAUCUUGUGUGGUAGCAACCAGGUGGCAGAUAGAGCUCUCAGUAAGGCCUGCAUGCCUUGCUUUUUAUUAUUUUAAAAUAUUUCCAACCUUUAAAGCCAAGAUCUGUGCCUUUUCUGUGGCACUGAGGUUGGUUAAGAUAUGUCUGGGUGUAUUGGUCCAAAAACUGCUGCACCAACAACCUAACAAUUAAAACAAUAUAGUGUAGCAGGAAACAUUCAAGCAGCACUGAGGCAGGAACUGAGAGUUGUAGUGUUUUCCUGGCGUGUCUUUGUGUUGACAGACAUAAGAAAGUUUGGGUCAGUUGCCAGCCUAGGCUGCAAGCCACAAAAAUGUCACAGGGCUUUUUCACAUUGGUUUGUGUGUGCUAGCGCUCUGUACUUUUUGUGGACACUGUACCGAGUCCAGGUAAUUAGUACCUUCUAACUUAGGUAUUACUAGUUCAUCCUUCCAUGUGUUUGUGGCUGUGAGUCACAACAGUGUGCAUGACUUGGGUGAGCACCUCUGGUCAGGUCCAAGAUGAAGGUAUGAACACUUUAUCAAUGGGAUGUCAAUCUUCAUAGGGUCAAGUAGGUCAAACACAGCAGCUGGCAUAUUUCAACCAUGACACUCCUCAAUACAAUUAUGUGAAAAUUGUUAUCUGUGAACUUAGUUUCACUCACACUUGCAACCUUACUUGGUGUUGAGAGGCUCCCACAGGUCUGUGCAUUAACCCCUCAGAGCCGCAAAAGUUUUUCUCGGGUGAUCUCUCAUGACACAAGUCAUCGAAAAAUACACUUCGAAACUGUGAAAAAGUCAUAAAAGAUGUUUUAUAGAAAAUUUUCUGGCGCACCCUGCUGUGAAAUUCGUUUCUUUUUAGGAUGUCACAUUUGGCUGGAAUUCCAUGAUUCCCGAAAAAUUUCAACUUUUUACUGGUGCGACGUACAUAAAAAAAUAUUGGAGAAAAGUUGCUCAUUUUAUCACAAUGGAGUCUGAGAAAUAUAGUUUAUAAUCUUUGAUGAGGAAAUUUACUGCCUACAGAGAGCCAAAGUUGUGGUGAAACUCAAUAAAUAAUUUUGGUAAUUUUUUGUAGUUUUUUUCAUUCUGGAGUGAAUCGUAUUGAAUAAAAGUUGUAGAAAAUCAUCCGUAUAACUUAACUGUGAAAUCAGAUUAUGAUUUGGACUGACCGUUUGGCUGGAAUUCCAUGAUUCCUGAAAAAUUCCAUCUUUAUACUGGUACAACGUACAGGAAAAUUUAUAGAAGAAAAGUUGCUCAUUUUAUUGCGAUGUUCUGAAAAAUAUAGUUUAUAAUCUUUGACCUGGAAAUUUACUGCCUAUAGAGAGUCAAAGUUGCAGUGAAACUCGAAAAAAAAAUUUUUUUAGUUUUUCAUUCUAUAGUGAAUCUCAUUGAAUAAAAGUUGUAGAAAAUCAUCCAUAUAACUCAACUGUGAAAUCAGAUUAUGAUAUGGACUGACCGUUUGGCUGGAAUUCCAUGAUUCCCAAAAAAUUCCAACUUCUGCUGCCCACUCUUUUGAACUCUCCUGUGAACAAGAUAUUGGUUCAUUUCUAGAACAUCAGGUAAAUCAGCGGAGGUGUCAAGAUUACGCUCAGCAUGCACACGAUGAGCAGAAACUAAAGGAAGACUGCCAAAACAGAUAUGCUGAGGGAAUAUAAUCGCUCUGCAGAUGCCAUGAUGCGUAGGCAGAAACCGUAGACUAUUUUUAGCACAGAGUCGUCUAAGGGGCAAAAGAGGUGCCAGUUAGUCACUUAGGAUCGACAUAUACAUAGUUACGCGCGCCAUUCAAUUUCCAGAGAGCUUCUCGUUUUCCAGCGCUGGCGUCAUGCUCGUCACCCACGUCAGAAAAAAUUAUAUGACACCAGCGUCAUAGUCAUUGUUAAGGGAUUAAGGGAAAACUAAGUGGAAGCAACACCAAAAGGCUGGGAUGCACUACACUCACCAGCAGUUGUCUGUGGCACCUUCAUCUACCAUAUUCAGCUUUGAGAGCACCAGUGGAUCCAGCCAUGAUAACUGGUUCAGAAAGCAGCAAACACACACUGCCUCCCAAGUGUGCAUUAAGCCAACUUAUAACAAAUUUAAUGAGUCCUCACGUUGAUGGUGUUAAAACCUGCACUGUGGCCAUGCAUACCUCUUCAUCCAAGUCACACAAGUGACUGAUGCUUCCAGAGUGACCUUCAUAUUUAUAGUUUUUGGUAAAAUUUUCCUUAUUAAUGUCUCAUAAAAAUUUGAAUAACUGAGUGAAGUUUUUCUUGUACUUCUCAGUCCUGCAUCUUUACAAAACAGUGAGAUCCUGGUUCACUUCUCUCCUUACUGUUUGAGUUUGCUGCAGAAAACAAUGGAGUUUGACUGGCAUGAAGGCAGCGUUGGGUGAUGCACAGGCUCACUUACUACUACUGUGCUGCCAUACUUUGUUGAAUAACCUUUUUGAUUUAUUGGGUUAAAUUUCAUAAGUGCCUCUAAAAAUAACAUUACCAUUCUGCUGCAGUGUUAGGGAUGGUAUUCAAAUAACACAAGAUUAUUUUCAGAGUUUCUCAUUACUUUAGUAUAUGCACACCAGUUACACAUAAAACUACAGGAAGACAAGAAUAUGUGACUGACAUUACUUCUUCCCUGAAGUCUCCCUAACACUGAUGCACUCAACUGGUCACUCACUACAUCCAUCCAUCUCUACUCUGAAUUCCCUUGUGUUACUUAAUUGUCUUUGAUUUCUGUGUUUGUCAACUUCUGUGCAUAUUUCCAGUGGUGUAAAGAAGUGUUUAUUUAUUUGUUUUUCUCUCAUAAUUUCCUACUUCACUAGAAUUAUUGUAUUGCAGUUUUUGGUCAGAACAUGAGUGAUUGUCAUGAAUGUGUACAUAUAGAAAAUGUAAACCUGUAGUAUUUAUAUUCUUAUGUAAUCAUUUCUGAUAUCAAAGUAUUUUUAAGAACUUUA